CGUCGCUUCUUACUCUCUCGUUCUUGCAAGCUCUCAAUCAACCACCACAAGAAUGUCCGCUCAACACGUCACCCUCCCCGCCCCCAGGCCCAACCAGGCUUAUCUGGAAGUCUCUGCGCUUGACGGAGGGCGCUUCUCCUACCCGGCGUGGUGGAUCCUCGAAGGUAUCCCCAAGACGUCGACCGAGCGUAUCCACGCGCCCUCGCUUGCGUUCUUUCUGCGUCACUCGCAGUCGGGCAAGCAAGUUCUGUAUGACCUUGGCUUGCCCAAGGACCUCUCCGUCUUGCCAAGCCAGCUCCCCGAGUACGUGAUAGGGAAGGGAAAGUUCGUGGAACUUCCCGAGGACAAUAGCGACGUUCAGGACGCGCUGAAGCGCGGGGGCGCCGACCUCGCGGACGUCGAUGCUAUCUUCAUUAGCCAUGUGCACUGGGACCACUUGGGUGAUCAUCGCUCUUUCAUCAAGGCUAAGUUUGUGCUCGGCGACGCAUCUGAGACUCUCGUGACUGGUGAAGAGCACCCCCAGCACAAGAGCGGCAUCGUCCCACCGAAAGCUCUUCCCACCGAGCGCGUGGAGUACGUCGCGGACUGGAACACGACCAUUGGCGGGCUGAAGGCGUCCGACUACUUUGGCGACGGGAGCUUGUACGUCAUCGAUACGCCUGGUCACUUGCAGGGACAUAUUGCGCUCCUGGCUCGCACAUCUGCGGACGGCUCGUGGAUUCUUCUUGCGGGCGACGCAGCUCACCACAAGUGCAUCUUGCACCUCGAAAAGGACUUUGCGUACCACGACGACGGCAAGGGGGACGUGUUCUGUAUGCACGUUGAGCCCGAUGUGACGAGGGACACGAUCAAGAAGCUGAAGGUGUUUGCGGAUACGCCGCGGGUGCACGUACAGAUUGCGCACGAGGACGUGGAUGAGGAGGUGUAUUUACCUGGCAAGUUUUUACCGAAGGAGUAGGUUGUCGUAAAUAUAGCUUGAUUGGAUACUAUGCCUGGCGAAUCGUGGAGAUUGUAGCCUGGCAUGUCUAUAGGCG